AUGCAGGACCAGACAGCGGUCCACCGGCUCGUUCUUAACAUGGGGGACGAGCGCGGCGGCCGCGCGAGAACGACGACCAUCCACAGCGUGCGCUCGCUCUCGCGCUCCCCCUCGCCCACCCGCUCCCCCACGCGCGCCCCCAGCCCCGCCCGCCGCGCCAACGGCGCGCCGCUGCCGGGCAAGCCGCGCGCGGGGCGGGAGGCGCGGCGGCGGCGGGGGCGGCGGGGGCUUUUACUCGUCCUGGCGGCGGGCGCCUGGGUGACUGCCAGCUCGGGCGCAAUUCUCAUCAACAAGACCAUCCUUGUGGAUCUGCACUUCCCGUACCCCUCGCUGGUCGCCUCCAUCGGCAUGGUCGGCUCAUGGAUCGCCUCGACCGCAGCCUGCAGCUGGCCCGGCCUCGUGCCGCGCCAGCCGGACACGGGGAUUGGAUUCGUGUUGCGAAGCGUGGCGCCGACGGGGCUGGCGAUGGCGCUGGCGGUGUACCUUGGAAACCUGUCUUACCUCUAUCUGUCAGUCGCCUUUGUGCAGAUGCUGAAGGCGCUCACGCCGGUGGCCACCCUGGCUGUAGGCUGCGCCUUUGGCCUGGAGCGCGCCACCGGCCAGCUGUCCGCGUCGGUGGGCCUCAUCACGCUCGGCGUGAUGGGGGCGUCGUGGGGGGAGGGGCGGUUCAGCGGGGUGGGGGUCGCCGCCAUGGUCAUGUCUGUGGCUGCGGAGGCGCUGAGGCUCAACAUAAUGCAGUUGCUGAUGGCCAAGAAAGGGAUGCACCCCCUUGAAGCCCUCAUGUUCCUCGCCCCCGCCUGCGCCUUCUGGAUGCUCCUCUUCGCGGCCUUCACCGAGCUGCCCCGCGCCCUCCACGCGGGCAGCUUCUCGGUAGCUUCCGCGCACCCGUGGCACUUUGCCGCGUCCGCCGUCGCCGGGUUUGCGGUCAACUCGACCGCGUUUGCGGUGGUCGGGUUUUCGUCUGCACUCACGCUCAAGGUGCUGGCCAUUUGCAAGGACGUCGGAUUGGUCGCGUUUGGGGCCCUCGCGCUACAUGAGAAAGUGGGGUCCGGCCAGGCGGCGGGGUAUGCCGUGAGCAUCGCCGGCGUUGCCUGGUACAAUUGGCUCAAGGCGCGUGGCGGCGGCGCCGCGGCCGCGGCGGCGGCAGCUGCGGAGAAGCUGCUGCCGGUCAAGAUCCCCGAGCUGCUGCUCUCGCCCGCUGUCGGCGGCGGCGGCGGCAGCGCGCUGGGCAGAGGUCGCGGCGGCGGCGGCGGCGGCGGCGGCGCGGCGCUGCGGGCGCUGCUGGUGCGCGUGAGCGCGGGCGCGCAGCGGCUGCUGGCCGCAGGCGGCCUGGCGCGGCGGGGACGGCGGUCUGAUGAGGAAGCGGAGGGGCUGCUGGCAGAGCGGCUGCCAACAAUCGUGGAGCGGAUCAGCAUCGAGGGCACCGACGGCCGGGUCUCGGCCGCUUGA